AUCCCCCUCAUCCCCCCGAGCCCAGCAGAAAAACAGUCGAGCAUCCCGCUCUCUGGCGUCGUCGACACCCGGCCGACCCUAGAGCACACGGUCGCCACCAUUCUCCAAAAAAGGAACCAAGACCUCCGACUUCUCUGUCGCGAGUGGUCAUCCGUGCGAGGGGAACCACCCUAACACGCCCAAUCCACUCUAGGAAACUUUUCUUCGACUGACGCGCCCGCCCGUCUACCGGCGCCGUCCGCCCGGAUCGAAAGACCGCGGCGGUACAGGUUCGGUACUUAAAACCAAGGCAGCCACCAUACACGCCAUCCCCUCUCCGGACGUUCAGUCCGCCCUCACAAGCUCAUCCCCAACAACUACUGUCACCAUGUCCCAAGUCAAGACCCUCCCGGCCACCAACCCCAUCGCCUUUGUGCGCCCCCGCGCCGUUUCCACUGUCCACAUCUCGUCGUCCCCUUCCCUCCGCCUCACCGCCGCCAGCGAUGAGACCGGGGAAGACAUCUUCGACGCCCUACCUCCCCUCCACUAUGGCCAUCGCGAGGUCCACCUUCGCAACGGCAUCAUGCAGUCCCACCGUCUCGUCGAGACCGGUGAGGCUGACGCCGAGCGCGCCUUCUUCGUCGCGGAUCUUGGCCAAGUCGCCCUCCAGCACGAGCGCUGGACCACCGCCCUCCCCGAGGUCCACCCGUUCUACGCCGUCAAGUGCAACCCGGACCCCUACGUCCUGCGCCUGCUCGCCGCCCUCGGCACCGGCUUCGACUGCGCGUCCAACAACGAGAUUGCGCAGGUGCUGAAGAUUGGCGGCAUCGAUCCCGACCGCAUCAUUUUCGCCAACCCGUGCAAGGCGACGAGCUUUGUGCGCGCUGCUGGCCGCGCGGGCGUGCACACCAUGACGUUCGACAACGCGGACGAGCUGCACAAGGUCGCGCGCACGCACCCCGCGGCGCGUCUCGUCCUGCGCAUCCUUACGGACGACUCGAAGGCGCUUUGCCGCCUCGGGCUCAAGUUCGGUGCUCCCCUCGCGGCUGCUCUGGGUCUUCUUGAGACGGCGCGCUCGCUGGGCCUCAACGUCGUUGGUGUCAGCUUCCAUGUUGGCAGCGGCUGCUACGACCCGGACGUGUACGCCGAUGCGAUCGCGCGCGCUGCGGCCGCGUUCGCCAUGGGCCGCAAGGCUGGCUACGAGUUCAACCUGCUCGACAUUGGUGGUGGUUUCGAGGAUGCGACCUUCGAGGCGGCAGCGCGCGUUCUGCGCGAUGCGAUCAACGUGCACUUCCCCGACCGUCAUGAGCGGGGGAUCCGCAUCAUCGCAGAGCCCGGUCGGUUCUUCGUGUCCACUGCUUUCAGCAUCGCCACGAACAUCAUUGCACGUCGCGCCACUGAUGAGGAGAACGCCAACGCGGGCGAGUCGGACGAUGAAGUCAAGGCCAUGUACUACAUCAACGACGGCGUCUACGGCGCGUUCAACUGCAUCAUGUUCGACCACCAGGUCGUGCAGCCCUACGUGCUCUCCAUGGGCGGCUCCUUCCACGUCCCCUCCGGCGCGCCGAUGCAGACCUGCAGCGUCUGGGGCCCGACGUGCGACUCGAUCGACCUCGUGAGCAAGCGCGCGACGCUCCCCUGCGCGCUCCAGGUCGGCGACUGGCUCGGGUUCGACAACAUGGGCGCGUACACGGUGUGCGCGGCGAGUCAGUUCAACGGGUUCGACGUCAGCCGCGUGAUCUACACGGCGGGCGGGAUGGGCGGUGCGGAGGCCCGCGCGGCGCUCAAGAGGCUCGCGGCAGAGGGGUGGGGGCACAAAUAAUCCGUGCCAGUACAGGAGGCACGGGUUGCUCGUGGUCGUGGCAUGGGGUCGCCCGCGGGCCCCAGGCAGAAAGGUUUCCGAACGCAAAGAGAAGGAAGAGCAGUCGGUGCUUAGAAUGAAUGAUAGACGUGCUCCAUGAAGUCGAACGGUUCUUAUGCUUACUUUAUUCGUGCUCGCUGUUCUGUGCUUGAGUAUUCCCUCAUUGUCUGUGCUUCGUUUCUGUGCUUGCUCUCUUCUUUGACGACUAGCUAUUACGACGAUACAUAUUGCAUACAUGCAUACCUGGGCUGGACAUGUACUUCUGACCAGCCGUGCUCUGAAUCGCGAUGAUCAUUAGAGUUGGGGCGCGAACUUUGUGGGAUCGAUUGCUUCGAGCGCUUGCC